AAGGCGGCCGCCGCCAUGUCAGCACCUCAGGGGCCGCCCGCCGCCGCGGCGCGCAUGCGCAAUCGGCACCAAUCAGCGCUGGGGGGGGGCGGUAUUUCCCAGCGUGCCCUUUGCCUUCCGGGGCGCGGAGGGUUUCGCGACCCCGUUGCUUGGUGACGGCGGGUCGAGGCUUCGGCGGGAGUAGGCCGCGGCCCGGCCCCUCUUGAGCGGGCUCCGUCGUGUCUCUCUGCCGAGAGUCCGAAGGGAAACCAACUCGGCUGGGGGUUGUGUGUCUUCCCAGCAGUCAGUGUGAAAGAGUUUGAUUGGAGCAUGGAGCCCUUUUCCCUGCCAGAACGAGGGUUUCCUGCAGAAAAAAGCUCAUCUGUGCCGCAGAAAAAAUACUGUGUCCUGGUGGGUGUGACUGGAAGUGUGGCUGCCCUGAAGCUGCCUCUCCUCAUUGCCGAAUUGCUGAAAAUCACUGGGCUCGAAGUGAAAGUGGUCACUACUGAGAGAGCAAAGCAUUUCUACAAUGCCCAGGAGAUUCCUGUCACCCUCUACAGUGAUGAAGAUGAGUGGCAGCUGUGGAAAGGUCGUUCGGACCCAGUCCUGCACAUUGAGCUCAGACGGUGGGCUGACCUUAUGGUGGUGGCACCUCUUGAUGCAAACACGCUGGCAAAGCUUGCGAAUGGCAUCUGUGACAACCUGCUGACUUGUGUCAUCCGUGCUUGGGAUCUGAGCAAACCUCUGCUCUUCUGCCCAGCUAUGAACACAGCCAUGUGGGAACAUCCCAUCACAGCUCAGCAGGUGGAGCAGCUGAAAGGCUUUGGCUACACAGAGAUCCCCUGUGUGGUGAAGAAACUAGUGUGUGGAGACGAAGGUCGAGGUGCCAUGGCAGAAGUGUGGACCAUUGUGGAGAGCGUGAAGAGGAUCCUUGAAGAACGGGACUUGUCAACGCAGAGCUGAUGGUUUGGCAUGUAAAUUGUAUUUGUGUGCCUCCAUGAUGAUUUGAAGAUAAAACCAACAGGAAGCUGAGUCAAGAUGGCAUGCGUACCUAUAGUGUGCUCUUCAACCGAAAGAGUGAAACGGUUGUCUUCCAGCUGGUGCCAAACUGAAAUGUGGUACAUCACUGCAGACUUUCAGAAACCAAAGCCAAGAACAUGCUGCUUUAGUGUGGGAAAACUCUGUGGUAUCUCACAGAGAGGGAGUAACGUUCCCCUAGGCCACUCGGCCCCCAGUAUUUCACAUGUGCUCCUUUCCGAGGAGGCUGCAGAAGGAUUUGCCAAUGUAUUUCAGGUCCAGUGGUUCCCCCAAGAGCUGCCAGAGAGGAAAGUGCUGUGCAAAUCCUGGUGAUGGGGAUAAUGCCAGCCCCUUCCAGCAUGACGGUGUGGGGACAUCCCUGCUCUCCAAAGCCUGGUCCGUAGCUGUGCUGGCUUCACCUUUCCAGCAGGAGUCACUGUCCAAAAAGCAUUUGCCCUCCAGAAAAUUAAUAAAAGAGAGCUUUUAAUUCUGCCCCCAAAGAAUUGCCUCUUGUAGCUGCUCUGGGGGGUGUUUGCACCUAACGUCAUUGCUAAAUCGUUGCGUCUGCCUGUGUUUUUUAUCAGAGAUGGGAAAAAUUUACUGAAAGAAGCUAUCUAGUCCUCGAAUUAGCCUUUGCCCUUUUGUAUCUGUUGACUGGAUAGGGAUGCAGACGUCAACUGUGAACCAAAAUGACACCUGCCCAUCUGGGUGCUCCGGUCAGGAAAUGAACAGGCUGGGCCCUUGUGGAAAGCCAGGGUGGGUGUUUCCCAAGGGAGAGAAGUCAAACUUUGCCUAUGAUGAUCCUUUUCAGCUUGAAAAUUAACUCACUGGCACAAAAAAAUUGGGAGAUCCUGUAACCUCUUGGGCCAGACUGGCCAGGGCUCCCCCAGUCCAGCCUUUCCUUGGAAACGUGAUCCUGCUCCUGAGGGGAAUGGGAGCAAACUGGGGCUGUUGAACAUAUUGCUGUAGCAGAGCACUGCUGACCGAGAGAGUUUAUUUUUAACUAGACCCAGUCAAAUUUAAGGCCUUCGGUACAGAACGUGCAUCCUGCCUAUGGGGGCAACCUUCAGACGGCUACGCAUGAGGGAAGAGGUUAUCGGACUGUGUUUGCUUUCCUUAUCUAUUCCACACAAAUAAAAACCUCUGAACUUUC